CGCGUCUGCCUUCGCGUUGCACAAUGGCGGUGCGUAAGUUGGCUUUCCAUAGUUUGUAGCCGGUCCUGUGUAGGGUAGGCCGGCACGUAAGGCCGUAUCCGUCGGUUGGUCUCGACACACGACGAAGAGGACUGCACACUGGAAUACUUUACAAGCCAUCACAUGCUACUACCCGGCCAGGAAACAAAGACAAUUAAGCUUUGAAGAAGUCAACACGCAGACGCCUAAAAACGACCACCGACGCGACCAACCGCACCUCGCAAAACUAGUUCAAGGAGUCAUUGUUCGCCGACGUGGGAGCGCGGUUGCCGCAUCGGGACGCAAGUCGCUGCUGCCCUUCGGAGAGAGCAGCUGGAAUUCUUCGCGCCGCUCAGCGCGUAGCGAAGCCGUCGAUAUUUAGUUUCUUUCGCUACCGAAACGAUGUACCUUACGACGCACUGAAGCCGGAGCCAGUGAGCGGCUGGUGGCCACACGGAUACGCAAGGCGGAUUUGUGAUUGAAAAGCGGACGUGUGUUGGAGGGCUCUCUCCCCCUCGCUGUGUGCCAACGUCCUGUGUGAAACUCGGUGAUCGACAAUGAGUGUGGCGCGUCUCUCAGUGGAUAUUCAAGUGGCCCAGGAGAAAAGGCCCCAUAGCUUCGACAAGGCUCCCGAUGGUUCGUGCCUGGGCAGUGCCGGGGGCCUCAGCCCGAACCUUCAGCCUCCUACGCCGCCCGUAUUUCCCUGCAACAGGGAGCCCUAUUCCGCCAGCCUUGUUGGAGGGCGGUACAUUCUGCUGGACCAACUCGAGGGCAGUGCCAUGUACAGAAGCAUCAAUGUACUGACGCAAGAGGAAUUUUCCUGCAAGGUUAUCCCUAUCGAUAGGUGGCAACAAGCCCUGGCAGCACAUUUACGCCUCGAUGGCCAUGACCACGUCAAUCAAGUUGAGGAGGUGCUCUUGGGGGAGUCCAAGUGCUACGUCUUUUUCAAGCGGUCGUACGGUGAUCUCCAUUCGUAUGUGCGCUCUAAGCGGCGACUGCGGGAGUCUGAGGCGCUGAGCCUCUUCCGGCAAGUGGCAUCGGCUGUCCAAGCCUGCCACAACGCCGGGGUCGUCUUGCGUGAUCUCAAGCUCCGCAAGUUUGUCUUCGAGGACCCUGAACGAACACGGAUCAAGCUGGAAACAUUGGAAGAUGCUGUGGUCUUGGAAGACUUCGACGACGAUCUUCUGAGCGACAAGCAUGGCUGCCCCGCAUAUGUCAGCCCAGAGAUCCUCAGCAGCUCGACGAGCGGUCGCUACAGUGGCCGUGCGGCCGAUUGCUGGAGCCUUGGGGUGAUGCUGUACACGCUGCUCGUGGGUCGCUACCCGUUCCAUGACGGCGACCCCAGUAUACUGUUCGCCAAGAUCCGCCGCGGCCACUUCACCGUGCCCGAAUCGUUGAGUACACGAGCGCGAUGCCUCGUGCGGUCGCUCCUCCGGCGCGACCCUUCCGAGCGCCUCACUGCCGACGAGCUGCUCUCCCACCCGUGGUUCACAUCGUCGUCUCCGAGCUCGCAUCGCGAUGGGUGCCUUAUGCGGCUCGACGUGGACCAAAUUGUGCCAACCUGUAGUGCUGCGCACGACUGAUGCUCGCACCGCCUAGUCGACUGCUGGCCGGGGAUCUCACUGCCGUGCUGCUGCGCCUGGGGGACUUCUCAAACAAAACUGCAGCAUCUGUUGCCACCGACCAUUCCUACAACCAGCACCAUUAUUGAUUCAUCCGCUGUGCUAUGUUUUUUUUUUUUCGUUGCCCCCGAAACUGCCUAAGCUGCAGCUUUUAGCUUUCCCGGUGACUCUUCCUAAGCACUUCCAAAGAGAGGCAACCAAGCUGCAUCAGAGGUGGAUGUUCACCAGUUUCAUGAUUACUUGUUGCUGCAGAUGCAGCAGCAGCCUCGAGCUUCGAGUCGUUCACUGUACAGGCUGUCUUCCCACUGUCCCAUCUGUUGUUUCACUUGGUGAGGAGAAAGCGCGUCUUCAUUAAUAUAGAUAUGUAUUCAUUCCUACACACAAGCCUUCAUGCACCGACUCGGAGCAGAAGGAAAAAGAGCCGACAGGAAUUUAGAAUUACGGCACCGUGCAAUUGUGUGAGUGUCGGGGGAGGGGCAGACGGAAACCACCAACGACCGACUCUCCCAUGCCUAUGAUCAAUGCUGUUGAAUGUGCAAAGUGACUGUAGUGAUUUUUUUUUUUUUAGGGGAAGGGGGGGGGGGGGUUCUCCUGAUCUUCUAUGUCUUGUCUGUGACAACUAAAUUUAUUUAAAUAUACUAGGGGGACUGGCAAUCCCCUGUCGAUUUAAUGCUUUUGUGUGACAGGCUAGUGCAUCGAAGAAAUGGGGAGCGUCAUUAUGGAUGCAAUGUGUGAAUGAUUCAUGCUGGCUCGAAUGACGUGUAGUAGUUGGGAAUCCAUUGUGAAUGUAAAUAAACUUGGUACCUCCGUCACAAGAAAA